ACAUGAUAAAAGAUAUGACGGGAAAAAUAUUGCUCACUGAAUAUCAGAAAUAACAAUAAUAAAUGCGCAGUAUUAAAUUUAACGAAACAUAUGAUAAAAGACGAGAUAACACACACACGACUUAUAUUACAAAAUUAUAGCAUUUUUUUAAUAUAUAACUAUAAAUAAAUAAACGAAUAAAUAAAUAAACAAAUUAAAUAAAUAAAAAAUAAAUAAACAAAUAAACAAAAAAAAGAAAAAUGUUCUUAAAAAAUUUCUCUUUCUUUCUCUCUCUACACACAUACACACACACACACUUUCAUUAUCUCACAUGGAGAGGAAGGUUAUGUUAUGUCAUCGCACUAAUUGGGUCCCUAAAGGAUAAAAUAUUAAAUUGUGAGAAAUAUCGAAAGAAGAAUAAAGUAGGAAGGAAAGAAGUUGUAACGCAAGGAUUUCGAUUGUCGAAUUGUCAUGCGAAAAAAGUUCGUUGAUUUUUCGACGAGAUGCUUUUUAAAAUAUAAUACGUUUAUAAAACGAAUUAAGAGUUGACGUAGAAGAAAAAAUCACCGAUUAAAAAGUGGGUUGGGCCGCAAGCCCAAGAGUGUCAAAGUUACGUUAGGUUCCCGCUCUCCCGAUAGAUAGAAAGCAUCCCCAAAUAAUACGUGGAGAAUGUCGAGAAGACCUCGAAGAUAUAUAAUCAUAAGAAGAAAAUAUAUUUUUGAAAAAAAGGACUACAUGUGUCGAUACCCCACACUCGUGGAAGCUUCCAAAGGAUUGUCAAAACGACGGACAGAGAUAAUAGUCCAAGACGAAAUUAUAGGUUAUGUUACGUCGAGGUCACCUAAAUCGGAUUAAUUUUACGCAACAGAAACGAUGCAACGUAAUUGCUCGUGCCCAAGAGAGUCGAAGUCUACGUUUCAAUUGUGCUCAACGCAAUGAGUACUACGGACGCGUGGAAGUUUGCGAAAAUUGCGAAGUACGUGCUUUUACCUCGGAUUUUGGCGUUCGGGCAACGGCGGACGGACGGUUUACACACGGCGCUACGGACGAAUUCGUCGUCCGUCGCCUCGACAAGUCAAAGUGAUCCGCGUCUUAUCCGCGCUUCGACUAUCCGGCAGUUGAUCAUGGAAUUGGAGAACUGUAAUUCGCAUGGUGAUCAUGGAAACGUAUCACCAUCGACACCGCAAAAUGAUAAUGAUCCUACAGGGCAUAAGAAAUGGUACCGGCAAGCUAGUCAAAGAUAUCCACAAAUGAUUCAAGCUGAUCCAUCAUAUGACGUAGAGAAUAUGGGAACUAUUAGCAUGAUGGCUAGAAAAAUUGCUGCAAAUAGGAUUUUUGUUAACCGUAGUCUUCAUUUAGAAAAUAUUAAAUUUUAUGGAUUUGACAUGGAUUAUACACUGGCGGAAUAUAAAUCUCCGCAAUAUGAGCAGCUUGGAUUUAAUCUCUUAAAAGAUCGUUUAGUAUCUUUGGGAUAUCCACAAGAAAUUAAAGCAUUUGAAUAUGAUCCUAGUUUUCCGGUACGAGGCCUAUGGUUUGAUACUCUUUACGGAAACUUAUUGAAGGUUGAUGCCUAUGGGAAUAUUUUAGUCUGUGUACAUGGAUUUGAAUUUUUAAAACACUCUCAGGUUUAUGAACUCUAUCCAAAUAAGUUUUUACAACUAGACGAAUCAAGAGUCUAUGUUUUGAAUACACUGUUCAAUUUACCAGAGACUUAUCUAUUAGCAUGCCUCAUAGAUUUCUUCACGAAUUCUCCGCAAUAUACUAGAGAAAAGACUGGAGUUAAAGAAGGUGAACUUACUAUGAGUUUUAAAAGCAUUUUCCAAGAUGUAAGAAAUGCCGUUGACUGGAUUCACUUGCAUGGAAAUUUAAAAAGUAAGACUAUAGAAAACUUGGACGAAUAUGUCAAAAAAGAUGAACGGCUUCCAAUGUUUCUUACACGUAUUAGAGAAAGCGGUGCAAAACUAUUUUUGCUAACAAAUAGUGAUUAUGUUUUUACCGAUAAAAUAAUGACCUAUUUGUUUGAUUUUUCACAUGGUGCAAGGCCUGACGAACCACAUCGAAAUUGGAAAACAUAUUUUGAUACUAUUGUUGUUGACGCCAGAAAGCCAUUAUUUUUUGGAGAAGGUACAAUCUUGCGACAGGUAGAUACUAAAACUGGUGCUUUAAAACUUGGAACACAUAAAGGCCCUCUUCAUACAGGUGAAGUCUAUUCAGGAGGAUCGUGCGAUGUUUUCACAGAAUUAAUCGGCGCGAAAGGUAAAGAUGUAUUGUACGUCGGAGAUCAUAUAUUUGGUGAUAUUUUGAAGAGUAAAAAAAUUAGAGGAUGGAGGACAUUUUUAAUAGUGCCAGAAUUAGUUCAGGAAUUACAUGUAUGGACAGACAAAUGUCAAUUGUUCGCAGAAUUACAAAAUUUGGAUGUAAUGCUAGGAGAGAUGUACAAAAACUUGGAUAGUAGCACAAAGGAAAAGCCAGAUAUAUCUAAACUUCGAGCUUCCAUAAGAGAUGUCACGCACAAAAUGGAUUUAGCAUAUGGUAUGAUGGGAUCAUUAUUUCGUAGCGGAAGUAGGCAGACAUUUUUCAGUAGUCAAGUAGUGAGGUAUGCAGAUUUGUAUGCUGCCACUUUCCUUAAUUUGAUUUAUUAUCCAUUCUCAUAUAUGUUCAGAGCACCUGCUAUGCUGAUGCCACACGAGAGUACAGUUGCUCAUGAACAAAGAUUUGUUAUGGAAACACCUAUGAUCAGUCGAUCAAGAACAUUUAAACUUUCAGAAGAAGAAGAAGAACAAAAUCGACUGACUGCUAAAGCUAUGUAUAUGGAUCACUUAAAUAGUCAAAUUCCACAUGCAAGGCCUGAAACACCACGCAAUGUAACACAUACGCAUGAUGAAGACUGUAGUGAUGAGGAUAGUGAUUCUCAAAAGCAAGGGAACUGUACUAAGGCGUGCUCAAAAAAUCUUAACUGUAAUUAAUUUGUUAUAAUACUAAUUACAUAACUUCUUUAAAAAAUUUAUUAAAUUUAACUUUAUAAAAUUUUUCGUUUGAGAUUAAUAUUAGCCCAGGAUGCUAUUUAGUUAAGUUCCAAAGCAAGAUAUUUAAUUGUUUAUAUAUAUAUAUAUAUAUAUAUAUAUAUAUAUAUAUAUAUAUAUAUAUAUAUAUAUAUAUAUAUAUAUAUAUGUUUUGAUAAUGCUUUUCAUGUUUUCAAUCGACUGUUACAUAUCUUGUAAUCUACCGAAUUCUAUAUGCAUUAUACGAGGCUUCAUAAUUUUUUUUAUAUUGCAAUAAAAAUUGUAUUUUAACAGUUUUUACAUAUAACCACAUUAUAUGUUAGAUAAAGAAAAUGGCUAUGGAUUCUCAUAGUAUUGAAAGAAAUGUAUAACAAAAUUACUUUGUUAUAUCAUUUACAAUGUAGUAACAUCUGAACAUAAUGUAAAUGAUACAUUGUAACAUAUUAUUUGUUAAAUAUGUGAAGUUAUUUAUUAUAAAUUUUUCAUAUACCAAUUUCUGGAAUUUCAAACAGUAAUAUGUAAAAAUGAGUAGAAUGCAAUAUGUGCAAACAGAUGUAGUUAAUUAUGAUGUACAUAUAAAGUAUGUACCUCACAAAAAUUAUAUAUGCGUGGAACAUAAACAUAAAAUCUUAAAUUUAUAUUUAUUUUAGAAGUAUAUAAAGGCCAUGAGCUUUAUAUAAUAAUAAUAUUUAUGUAACAUUGCUAUUAUUAUUAUUUAUGAAUUUAGGUACAUACAUUAAGAUUUACAUAUAUAUGACAGAUUAUUUUCGCACAAGAGAGAUUGUGUGUGUGUGUGUGUGUGUGUGUGUGUGUAUAUAUAUAUAUAUAUAUAUAUAUAUAUAUAUACAUGCACACACAUAUAUACAUACAUAUAUAUAUAUAUAUAUUUGAAUAUAUCUAAUUUGUGUUAUUUAAUUAAGACAUUGUUGAAUUUGUAAAAUAUGUUUUAUAUUUAUUUCUUAUGCAGUAAUUAUACUAAUAGGAUAUUUAUUGAAGCCAAAGCUGAAUAUCAAUUGUAUGCAAAAUUUAUACGAUAAGGUUGGUUAUUAGAUUAGCAUUUUUACACGAAAUUUAGCUGAGUAAUAUUUACAAAUAUGUAAAGGUUAUGAUUAAACGUCUAAAGAUAAAUAGCCAAAAGGAAAUAUAGAGUGAGAUUGUCGUGUAAUAAUAAUACUUUGAUGAGAUCUAAUUAUA